AUGGCUGUGAUGGAGAGCAGUGUUUGGAAAUGGCUCAAUCUAGUCCUUUUCCUUUGUUUCGUUGCUGUUGUCAAGAUUUCUGACACCCUUGUUGUUGAAGUCCCAAAACCAAUAGGACCAGUCACUGCUGAUGGACUGGGCUCUGGGCCGUUCUUCAUGGUGACAUUUCCUUCACUGAUUGAGUCUGGCUCUGAAGCUAAAUUGUGUGCUAGUCUUCUGAAGCCCAAAGGGAGUCUCACAAUGACCAUUUCUCUGAUCGAUGAGAAAAGCUCAGAAAUUCAACUUGUGCAGCAGACGUCCCGGAGGAAGUUUCACAGCUGUUUUCAUUUCCAGGCUCCUCAAGUAAGUGGAGAUUCAGUGCAGACGGUGAGGGUGGUUGUUCAGGGAAAGUCCUUCAAAAUGACUGAAGAGCGUAAAGUGAUGUUCAGGUCUUAUCUGCCUCUGACCUUCAUCCAGACAGACAAACCCCUCUACAAUCCAGGACAGACAGUGAAUUUCAGAGUUCUUACAAUGAGUGAUAAGUUUGUGCCUCAAGACCAAAUGUACAGUCUGGUAGUGGACAAUAACAAGAUCCGAAUUCAUCAGUGGACAAACAUUUCAUCCACAAACUGGAUAUUGGAGCUUUCUCAUGUCUUAGACAGAGAAGCACAGGUUGGGACGUACACACUGAGGGCUUAUAUUGGUGAUCGAAUGAUCUCCCACUUUGAUGUGAAAAAAUAUGUUUUACCCAAGUUUGAUGCAACUCUAAACACACCGCAGACGUAUAGUGUUGCAGAUGUGGGACUGAAAAUUGAGGCUUGUGGAAAAUACACAUAUGGGCAGCCUGUACCCGGUCAAGUGUUUGUGAACCUGUGCCGUCAACCUCUUACCUUCAUUCAGGAUUCUAAAGUGACCAGCAUUUGUCUGAAUGAAACUGCUUGGAUGAACGACACCGGCUGUGCCUCUCUAACACUCAGUACAUCAACAUUUUUUUGGCACCAGUUUUGAGAAUAACCUGCAGAUUCCUUCAUUGUUAAUGUCAACGUCACAGAGAAGGGAACAGAUGUUGUCAUGUCAAAAUCUGCAACUGUGUCGAUUACAUUUGAAGUUGGCAAGGUCACAUUUGUGGAUCUCCCGAUAUUCUAUGAUUAUGGGUCAACGGUGAAUGGGAAGGUCUCUGUGACUGAUUUCAAUGGUAACCCAGUCAGUACCAAGGUAGUCUAUCUGCUGGACAGCAGCAUAUGGCCCAACAAGAUGCUCUUCAAUGUGACCACAGAUGAAAGCGGAUUUGCAGAGUUCUCCCUCAACACUACUAGUUUUCCUAAAGCUAAUCUGAACCUUGUGGCAAGUGCAACUCCACAGGGUUAUUUUGAUUCUAAUUCGCCACACUUUGCUACAGAUACACAGGUGGUUCAGCUUUCCCAAACUGCUGCUCCUGACAACCCAACCUUUAGUGAUCUGUCUAUAGUGACUCUACAGCAGCCUCUGAAGUGUGGCACCACUUAUCCAGUGACUGUCAAGUAUUCAUUUGUUGGAGAGACUGGCGACUACAGUGCUGACAUCAUCUAUAUGGUCAUGUCCAGAGGAGUUCUCGUUCUGCAUGGCUAUAAACCUGUUCAAGCUCUGGCUUCUAAUACCCUCACGAAUGGCACUGUGAUCUUUGAUCUCCCGGUCCAUGCAAAGAUGGCUCCGAUGGUGCAGAUUCUGGUCUUCUGUGUUCUGCCUAGUCAGACUGUAGUGACUGGUAGUGCAUCUUUUAACACUGAGAAGUGCUUCUCAAAUCAGGUUUCUCUACAGUUCUCUCCUGCUACAGCUGUUCCUGGUGAAGGAAAUGUUUUGACCGUCUCUGCUCAAGCAGGAUCUCUAUGUGGCCUCAGUGCUAUAGAUCAAAGUGUCCUGAUCAUGCAGUCAGGAGGACGUCUGAAUGCAGAUUCGGUGUUUAACAUGCUCCCUCUCCAAUCACUAUCUGAUUAUCCACCUGGUGUUGAAGAUCUACAGGACUGCCUAAAUGUUCGACCUCUUCGAGCUGUUCCUACAGAUCAAGCUUAUAACACCUUUAAGAGUGUGGGAAUUAAGAUUGCAACAAAUCUGCCAGUUCGAGAACCUCAGUGCCUAACAUACAGAGGGCUGAACUACUAUCGCAACUUCCAGGGUGUUCCCUUUCAACCUCUAGAAAGUUUUGAAAUGCUUGAAAGUGUUGCUGCACCUGUAGCACUAGAAGAACAUGUUGGAGGUGACAGAGGUUCCCCUGCUGAUGUGACCAUCAGGACGUACUUUCCAGAAACCUGGAUCUGGCAACUCAUUACUGUGGGAGACUCUGGGUCCACAUCAGUUCCCCUGACAGUUCCUGAUACGAUCACCACAUGGGACACUGAGGCCUUCUGUCUAGCCUCCAGUGGUUUUGGUCUGGCUCCACCAGUUCUGCUGACCUCCUUCCAGCCCUUCUUCCUGGAGCUCACCCUGCCUUACUCCAUAAUCCGUGGGGAAAUUUUAAAACUGAAGGCCACGGUCUUUAAUUAUCUGUCCCAAUGCAUCAAGGUUCAAGUGACUCCAACACCAUCCUCCAACUUCACUCUUAAAUCCAUUGGUCACUAUUCAACCCAUCUCUCUGCCAACGGGAGAAAGACCUUCAAAUGGGAUUUAACUGCUUCUGUUAUUGGAACCGUAAAUGUGACCAUCAGUGCCCAGGCCAACCCAUCAGAGCAACUGUGUGACAAUCAGGUUGUGACCGUACCAUCAAGAGGACACACUGACAUUGUCACUCGAAGUCUGCUGGUUCUGGCUGAAGGAGUAGAAAGGACCUUUACCCGGAGUUGGUUACUCUGUCCAAAGGGAAGCAUGCUUUCGGAGCAUGUGAAGAUCACAUUUCCAACAAAAGUCAUCCAGGGAUCAGCCAGAUGCUCUGUAUCAGUCAUAGGGGACAUAAUGGGUCUUGCACUGAAGAAUUUGGCAAACUUGCUACAGAUGCCUUAUGGCUGUGGAGAACAGAAUAUGAUCAUUCUUGCUCCCAAUAUUUACACCCUGCAAUAUCUGAAAGUAACUGCACAGCUCACCCCGGCCAUCCAAGACACUGCCAUGAAUUAUUUUCAGAGUGGUUAUCAAAGAGAGCUGAACUACAGGCACCGCGAUGGUUCAUUCAGCACUUUUGGUUAUGAUGAGUCCAAUACAUGGUUGACUACCUUUGUCAUGAGGACUUUUGGCCUAGCGAAGGACUUCACCUACAUAGAUCCCAAUGUUCUACAGAGUGCAAAGGACUGGUUGAUAAGCAAGCAGGGUUCAAAUGGUGGUUUUAUGCAACAGGGGACUCUGUACCACAGUGACAUGAAGGGUGGGGUUGAUGAUAACGUGACUAUGACUGGCUACAUAGUUGCAUCGCUGCUUGAAAUUGGAGUUCCAGUCACGGAUCCUGUCAUUACUAAGGCUCUGUCAUUUUUGAGGCCUCUUGUUGGGAAUCUGGGAAACACUUAUGUAACUGCUCUGCUCGCCUAUACCUUCAGUCUGGCUGGAGAGACCAACACCCGAGCACAGCUUUUAAGUGCCCUGAGAAACAUUGCCAUUUCUGAAGGUACUACUCUCCACUGGUCUCAGACUUCUUCUGGCAAUACUCUGGCAGUGGAGAUCAGUGCAUAUGUGCUGCUAGCAGUUCUCACUGUACAGCCUGUGACCACUGCUAAUCUGGGCUAUGCUAACCGCAUUGUCAACUGGCUUGUGGCCCAGCAGAAUCCCUAUGGUGGCUUUACCACCACUCAGGACACAGUGGUGGCUCUUCAGGCCAUGGCUCUGUAUGCUGCACGAGUCUUCAGCCCUGGAGGCUCCAGCACAGUCACAGUUCAGUCCUCGGUGCCAGCAGGAGAUGUGUUCAACUUUGAUGUUACUCCCAACAACCGCCUGCUGUAUCAGGAGAAUCCACUGAAGAACUUUCCAGGCACAUAUAGUGUUGUAGCAACUGGAUCUGCCUGUGCUUCUGUACAGGUUUUCUGUUUCUACAACAUCCCAACUCCUGUUAGAGUUUCCAAAACACUGAGUGUUGUUGCGACGUUGACUGGAAACUGCCAGGCUGCACCAGUCAAUUUAAUGUUGACCUUUACAGUAAAUUACAAUGGUCCAAAACCAACUACUAACAUGGUUCUGGUGGACAUUAAGCUCUUGUCAGGAUUCACUGCAGAUACCUCACUGCUUGGAUCUCCACCCAAUUUUGCUCCAUUAGUGCAGAGGGUUGAUUCUGAUGGUGAUCAUGUCCUUGUCUAUCUACAAGAGGUUCCCAAAGGCAUCCCUGUGACCUACAGUAUACAGCUGACACAGACUGUUGCUGUGCAGAAUCUCAAGCCAGCGGUCAUCAAUAUUUAUGACUAUUAUCAGAGAAGUGACAGUUUUGAGACCACUUACACGUCCCCCUGUCCAUGAUUGUUUCAGUUCUGACUACUGAAUUUUGAAAAUAAAAGUCC